CUUUUUUGUUCAGUUCAAUCCUCACGCCUCACAGGCUCACUGGCUUCAGCGCUGAGCAUUCUGAUGCCGUUUGGAUAUUUUAAACUAAAGUUUUCAUGAAAAAGAAGCACGCAAAGCUUUGAUUUCGGAUAAAUUUCCAUGCACUGUUAUGACUAUCGAUUGUCAAAAUUAUGAAAUCCCAAAGGAGACUAGCAAAGAUGAUAAUUUCAAGUACAAAGCGGCUGCUUUUCUGACUGGAGUUGCCAGCCUAUCUCUUCUCAGUGGCUUUGCCAUGACAUUAGGAUGGGCUAAGAAACAAGAACCUACAUUAUUCUCUAAGGGAGUUCAUCCCACAGAAAUUGGACAUGCCUCUCUGGAGUCUGGGGGAUCAUUGGCCAUGAGGGCUCUUGGCAGAGCAACGCUGUACUCCGUUUCUGGCUUUGCUGUGUUCUGCUUUGGUGUGUGGAAGCUCAUGGGAGUUGAAACGAUGAGUCAAUUUCGGGAGAAAAUGGGGAAAACUCUGCCCUCUGUGCCUCGCAAUGAUCCGCCUCAGAGCAGAACUGAGUUUUCAGGCAUUAGGGACCUCCUGCAGUAUUUGAUUGAUGAGGACCAGAAUAAAGCAAGGGCAAGAAAUUCCCCGGAUGAUAGCUAAUAUCUCUCAUGAAGAUAGCCACAAAGCCCCUCAAGCAGCAUGCGAGAAGAAUUUUAUGUUGUCUUUUAUAACUGCUAAACAUGUGGAAGUCAUUGCCUCAAAGCAACUGUAUUAAUUGUUGAAUGUAAUUUUUGUAUAUAAAUCAACGAAGCAUUAUAAUUAUAUGCAAUUGGAAAGCCCUAGGCUACGGCCAGACUAAAAGCGUUGACGUCGACGCAAGCUGACGCGCGUUGAAGCUGCGAUUUAUACCAGCGUGUCCACAUCAGACGCGUACAGCCAGAAGCUGCGUCUAGUAGGCAGCGCUGCGAAGCGCGUUGAAUAAAAAAACUCAUUGCUCUAGAUAUUUAUGUCCCCGCUGCACCUGCGGCCCUGCGCCGUGCGUUCAGUGCCCUUGAAGCAGCCGUGAGGGACAGUUGUCGAAGCAUUGCUCUCAUCUAUUCAACCUGCUGCUAUCUGCUCUCGCCCACAGCGACAGGAUAUACAGAUACUCUACGAAUGAAAAUUGGAUACAAAUUUUUUUAGAUUACUUUUCACCCUAAAAACUUGCACAUGUAUAUCAAGUCUAUCUGUAUUAAGGUUGGACUAGCAACGUUUGCAUCAUGUAUAGCCCAUCAAAGUAUUCAUCUAAUCUGAUCCAAAUGGAUUCCAAAAAACGAUCAAACUAAGUAGAUUUGGUAUUUCUAAACUUAUCUAUUAUUUCCCUAUGAAACCUCAAUCAAGGAGAACGGCUUAGUCUCUUACUGACAAGCAUUUAUACACACUUACCCGCCGCAUGUUGCUUGGUUUAGCGUUUACUGUGGCCACUACACGCGCAUCGCGGCGCUGCUUUGCUUGAAGCGUCAGGUGUAAGUCUGGCCAGACUUACAGCUCAUCGCUGUAAGUGUCUGGCCGUAGCCCUGGAGUAAGUAAUAAGUUCGCGUUAGUAAGUAAUAGUUCACGGGAUUUCGCGUUCCUAGGGUCAGUGUUCCUGAGUGCUCCAACGUCCUGUAACCUCUUGUCUUCGUUGCUCUUCACAUUUCCCUACUCCUUCCUUGUCACUUCGUCUCGUUUCUUCUUUUUAUUUAUUCAUAUAGUAGCACUGAAAACUGGUUCAUGCAGCCCCUUGCCUAAACAGGGUUCAGUUUGUGCCCUAUAGUCAUACAACAUCCGAAAAUCGGUAAAACGUGGUGAAGGAGGCAGUGCAGAUUCCACUUCGUCUAUUUGAGAUGCUAACGCUGCUUCUUUCUUGCCUGCUUCAGAGGGCUGGGCACUUGAGCCCUUAUUUUGAUUGAUAAUUAAUUUAAGAAAUCUUCAAUAAUUAAUACUUUCUGCCUGGCUAGCGAUGUUACUUAAGUACCGGGUUGAUAUCGCUCGAUAGCUGAAGCGCCAGCAAUUCGCCAUUUUCCUCGAAAAGUUAGAUUAUUCAGAACUUCAUAUUCAGAACACGCUUUCUAGGUUGUGCAAACCUCUAUUGGUGUUCUGUAUGUGUGCCUGUUGAUAUAUUUGUAAGAAACUAAAAGUUUAACCGGGUUUGCGCAAGAUCAGUAAGUCAUGCAGUCCCAUUGACGUAGUUUUUAACCCCGUUGGUAAUAAUUAAACAAAUGUAGGCUGGUUUAAAAAAAUUACCAUUUCAAUCAUACAUUUUCCAUGGAACUUAGAAUUAGCAUGUAACUUUUGUUUCAAAACUUUAAGAAUCUAUUUUGCGCCGGUUAACUCAGAUUUAUAAAUACCAUUUUCAAAAUUAAAUUCUACUUUUCGA